AUGUCGCUGGAAGAGCGAGAAGUGGAAAUCGAGGGAUUCUAUCCGAAACAAGUGAUUUGGGGCCGAAAAGUGCUCACUUUGGACACUUUUUACGCGUCACAAUGCCGCGGAAUCACGAAAAUCGUCUGUAUUGUAUGUGAACGCGCAGAGGAAACGCCAAUUUUUUUUUUUCGAAUUUUUCAGGCCAUGUGCUUUUUCGCCGUCGUUUUGGUGUGCGCGAGUCAGCCGGUGAACGACGAGCGCGGCCCCGCCCUCUUUUUCUGUUUUUUCGGAAUUGUCGUCAGUUUCGGUGUACUUUUGGAGUACACGUUCAUGUUGAACACGAAAAUCACGGCCACGUGCGGCUUCGUAAUGGUAUGUGUGUGAAAUUGCGUCGCCGGCGAUUAAAAAUGGCCUGGAAAAAGCUAGGCCACCCCGAAUAACCGUUUUUCAGGAAGCCCUUCUGUACGUGACCAUUUCCGUCGGUCUCCUGGUCUCCGCCAUCCUUAUGUGGGUUUUCUGCGCCGCCCAUUGGGCCGACAUGAAUCCCGAUUGGGCGACAAUGCCCUCGCUGGCCACGGUACGCAUUUUUAGGCUCAAUUUUUCGAUUAAAACCCUUAAAAUUGAGCAUCCACCGAAAAUUGCGAGAUUUUUCAACGAAAAACAUUUCGAAUUACUGUAGAAAGUACGUUUUCAACUAUUUUUCACUGAAAUUCCAAGAAUUAAGAAUUAAGGAACGCAAAAUCCCUGUUUACGAUAAAACUUAUUUCAUAAAACAAUUCCAUUCGUUUUAAGACCCAAAUCUGUAAUUUCCAAGCGUUCAGGCGGCGCUCUUCCUCUGCUCGGGCCUCUAUUUCGUCGAAAUUUGCAUUUUGCUCAACGACGCGCGUCGCUGCAGCUGGAGACCCCCACAGAAUCAGCCGAUCGACACCGUCCUGCCACAGUAA